AAAGUGAAAUAGGGUGUGGGGCCAGUGCUUUCCCAGAACAAUUUCACUCUAUCCUGCCUUUCCCAGAACCAGCUCUGGCAGUGAAGAGAGCUUUGUCUCCCUUCGUGGCUGGGAAAGUACCUAGCCCCUCUUUGGGCCUCAGUUUCUCUGUUCCUAUACUGAAGGGGUUAGGAUGGAUUUAAAACUAGCAUGUUAAUGGUAAUGAGAGCUUGGGUGAGAAAAGACGGUCCCUAGAUGACACUUCAGCUUUGUUUCUAAGUGCUGAAGGGCUCUAGCCUCUGCUGGAUGCCUGCCUUUCUGUUACCAGUUGGGUAGAUGGACAGAGUAAAUAGCAAUGCCCAGCAGUCCACAGAAAGUCAGACCUAGGAGCAGCUAUGGAAUCUACAGGGAGGAGAGGGCUACACUUGAGAUGAUGUGAGAGAGUAGUUAUUCACCGUUCUCCUCCCCCGCCUGGCCCCGAAGAGGAGGAAGUUCAUCACAUACAUAUAUAGAGCCAGGCACGCCUGCUCCGGACACAUACAUCAUGACCAUGAGAUGGAACUGGACACCAGACACCAGCCCUUUGUGGGUCCUGUUCCUGUGUUCCCACAUCGUCUCCCAUCUGGCCAGAGCCACACCCAUACUUCAGGCCAUCACAGCUGCCAGGACCUCAGCUGGGAUCACAAAAGACCCUUCUUCCUCCCGACCCCCAAUGCUCCCAGCAGCUGAGCGCUGCCCAGCAUUGGAGGUGACCUGGCCAGAAGGGGAAGUCUCACUAAAUGGAACACUGACUUUGUCCUGUACCGCCUGCAGCUUCCACCACUUCAGCAUCCUUUACUGGUUGGGCAAUGGUUCCUUCAUUCAGCAUCUCCCAGGCCGGCUGCGGGAGGGCAGCACCAGCUGCGAGCGCAGGGGCACAAGCACCCAGCUGUGGAAUGCUUUGGUGCUGGAGGAGCUGAGCCCCGCCCUGCUCAGCACCAACUUCUCUUGCGUUUUCAUGGAUCCUGAGCACACUGUCCAGCGCCACAUUGUCUUGGCCCAUUUCUUGGUGAGGAACCUGAGGAAAGGUUUCCAGGAACAGGAGGAGCUCUGCUCGCUGUGGGGAGGAAAGGGUGGGGGGGCUCCCCCAGAAGUCUCCAACUAA